UUGUCACGGUGAUCCUCGUUCCUCAGUAGACCUCACCGCUUUUGCACCGUUCUCCAGCUGUGGUGCUUCUAGCUUGAUUUCAUUCUACUUCAUCGCUACCUGGGACAUAAUCCUACUGGGUUCCGCAUGAAAAUCGUCAAGGAUCUUUCUCAGAACUGUUCCAAUUAACUUUGGGGUACUAAUCAUCGUAGUCAGGCCUGGGAUCAUAAUGUCUUUUGAUUCAGAAACGGCUCGUCUGCGCAAAGAGCACGAUGGUUUAUCUCAUCUCGGUGGUUCCAUUUAUGCUCCACCGACACCUUCAACUCGUCUACCCGAUCGUCCUCAUUUUCCUACAAGAGCUUCGACUCUUGGCUCCACUCAGGACCUCAACCGUAACAACCUUUCCGCGAAGCAUGAUCUAGUCCCUCAUGCUUACAGUGAUGACCUCAAUCAUGCUCACUCGAGCAGACCUUAUGAGUCAAAUGGUAUCUCCGCUUCUCUACCGCCUCCAUCACCCGCCUUUCGUUCUCGUAGCCGUCCUACCACUCCCAACGGUUCCACUCCAUAUAAUCUCGUUUCGUACGCAGAAAGGAACGUAGAGUUAAGGCGUCGAGACAGCGUAAUCUCGUAUUCCUCCGGACAUUCUGCGUCAUCCAGCUCUAGUUCCCCGAACAAGGCUGGUCCUAUGACGUCCACGUCCUCUGCGACAUCCACUAACAUCUCAGCAUCACCCUGCUCUGCAUGUGGAAAUACAAUGCAAGGUGCUUUCGUCCGCGCGUUAGGCACCGUAUAUCACUUGAACUGCUUUAAAUGUUUGGACUGCGGCGAUGUCGUUGCCUCAAAGUUCUUUCCCAUUGAUGGGCCUGAUGGCAAACAACAUCCUCUCUGUGAACGGGACUACUUCCGUCGUCUGAAUCUUAUAUGCGCCAAAUGUGGGCUUGCUCUCAGAGGCAGCUAUAUUACGGCAUGCAACAAGAAGUAUCACGUGGAACACUUCACUUGCUCCCUAUGCCCGACCCUUUUUGGCCCCCAGGACUCAUACUACGAGCACGAUGGGGACGUGUAUUGCCACUUCCACUACUCGACACGUUUUGCGACAAAAUGCGCAGGUUGCAGCAGCGCUAUCCUGAAGCAAUUCGUUGAAAUAAAUCGCAAUAUGAGGGACGAGUGUUGGCAUCCCGAAUGUUACAUGAUCAACAAGUUUUGGAACGUCAAAGUAGUUUCACGGAGAUCGAGCGUGUUGAUUAGUGAUGGGUCGGAAUUGGAGCCAUCUUACGUUGAGGAAGAGAAGCGAGAAACUCCUACUUCAUUAAAGGAUAAACAAGUCAGGAUGGAGCAGCUGGUCUAUCGCAUCUGGACGGUUCUCUCGGCGUUCGAGGAAUCAAGCGCUGCGUGUAUAUCUGAUAUGCUGCGACAGGUCAGCAACGGGCAAUAUCUUGAUGCUAUCAGGAUGGCCGAGAAGUUUAUUCUACACGUGGAAGUCUUGUUCGGCACUAUCGAUGACCUUGAGUGCCAUUCCGCUAGGCUUAACUUGAAAGGAAUGUCUCAUGUCCGAGAAGCCCGCAUGCUAUGCCGAAAAACGGUCGAUCUGUUUACCCUUCUUUCACGCACCCAGGAGACUGGGUCACGGAGAAUGGGGAUGACCCAGGAACUACUUGCGCUCGUGACAGGGAUAGCCCAUUACCUCAAGAUUCUCAUUCGAAUAGCAUUAACUGGCGCACUAAAACUGGAGAGGGAACAAAGCGUCCGGGAAGCUAUGCCUUCAUUCCUCGAUAAGCUACAUUUACUCGCGGUGCAAGGUGGCGAUCCAGCGGCUAGGCGGAUCAUCAAAGGCGGAAGUGGUGAGGUCAUGAGAGGAGCAAACCUUGGCACACUGGGUGUCACUUACGGCUUCAGGAGCUUGGCACCAGAAAAUGCAGGAGAAUCCCCGUUCACAGCAAACUCACCCUCUCGGCUGACAGUCAACAAUCCGCCUUCAGACCGGUGCGUCAAGUGUACACAAGCAGUGGAAGAGGAUUGUGUUCGGUUGGGGACUUAUCAGCGUUGGCACUCCCAGUGUCUGCAAUGCGCCAGGUGUGACAAAGUAGCUGCUAUUCCGGUACCGAAAGAUCCGACGCCACCCAAAUCUGCAGAAGACAAAGAAAAGGAAAAGGAAAAGAGCGAAAAGGACCCAUCAAAGCCCUCCUCUGUUCGAAGACCACCGGCAAAUGUCGGCAUCUUUAUGUACGAGCUUGAUUCGGUCAAGGACACACCCUCAUAUGGUGAAGUUCCUACCGUUACUCUGUGUACCGAGCACGCGCAUGCAGGGUGUCGAGACGGAUUCCAGGCCGUGUCUCGGCUGGAGCAGUAUGCAUUCCUGCUGAACAUUGCCCUGCGUAGGUUGUACCUGGUUUUAAAGCAACAGGGCGUGGUUCCUAUGUCACCAGUCGCUUCCACGACGCCAAGCGUCAACCCCAAGUCAGGGGACCAAGAUCCUUAUCGUAACUCGGGCGAUAUCAUGCGCAUGAAAUCCGUACAUCUGGAUCGAAAGUUAUCUGCUACCGCACGGCUACCUAAACGAUCGACGAUCGUGGAGAGUCCAUCAGGCAAAACUGUCCAAACCUCAGAGCCAUUGCAUGCUCAGCGAUCGCAACCAGAUAUCAAAACUCCACAACCUCAGAGGGCGCCCCCACCAGGGACACUGAUUCCAGGGCGUCAGCCCUCCCAGCCUGGCUCUUCGGGAAUGCCAUCACAACCUCUUUCGCGAGCGCAAACUCGCACUCCCGGUACGCUGGAUACAAGUUAUCAAGCGCAAGUAGUUCGUACUACUAUCGGGCGGAGUAACACAGAGGUGAAGAUUGUGGACGAGUCAGCGCCCAAUUCUCCAGCAGGCGGCCCAGACGAGGCCCCGUUACAUACUCCUGAUGACGGCAUCACGUUAGCUGAUAUACCUCAGCUGAUGGAAGCUGCACAAGCUCGCGAACAGCAACGCUCAUUACCACGCCAGAGCACGGUACCUCAUGUCGCCGAGUUGAGCGCGCUCGAACUUACUAUCGUCAAACACUCUGCUGUCCUUGCCCUUCAGCGUUCUCCGCUUCGGGAUCAGCUCGAAUUGGAUGAGUUGCUAGAACUGGUAGAGACGAAAAAGGGAGGAUUCUGGAAACAGUUGUUUAAGGCCGGAGACAAGAAGAACGUCAAGAAGAAGGGCGUUUUUGGUGUUCCACUUGAGCUCCUAGUUGAGAAAGAAGGCUCGGAUUCCUUGUUGGGAGCAAGCCGUGCAACUUUGAGGGUGCCAAGCUUUAUUGAUGACGUUGUCUCAGCCAUGAGGCAGAUGGAUAUGUCGGUGGAGGGCAUCUUUCGCAAGAACGGUAACAUCAGGCGGCUGAAGGAUCUCACGGAGGCUAUCGAUCACGACCUGUCAUCGGUAGAUCUCACGCAGGACAACCCCGUGCAAUUGGCUGCUCUCUUGAAGAAGUUCCUCCGCGAACUACAAGAGCCACUCAUGACGUUCAAAUUACACCGGUUAUUGAUAGCGUCGCAGUCCCUCCCUACGGAGGUAGAGCGGAGGCGUUGUCUCCAUCUAGUUUCAUUGCUUCUUCCCAAGAGCCAUCGUGACACCAUGGAGGUGCUAUUUGUGUUCCUCAAAUGGGUGGCUUCGUUCGCCCACAUGGACGAGUCCACUGGCAGCAAGAUGGACCUAUCAAACCUAGCAACAGUUAUUUGUCCUAGCAUCUUAUACUCACGCGGGCGUGACGCCGUUCGAGACGAGAGCUUCGGGGCUAUUCGCGUGGUAACCUCGUUACUCGAGAACCAGGACGAGUUUUAUUUGGUUCCCGAGGAGUUCCUGCCUAUCCUUCAUGAUCAGGAAUAUUUCUCCAACAGCACGGAGCUACCAAGCAAAGAGUUCAUGAAGAAAUGUGAUACGUACAUGCGCCUCAGAGCGACCGGGCGUCCACCGUUGGUAACAAUGGGUUCGCCGAACCCUGCCAACUCACCCCGCGUUUCGCCACCCGGAGAUCGACCACCGUUGACAUCAACUCCGAGUGAACCACAUAUACGGAAUGGUCGACAGCAGUCGCCACAUCCACAUCCAGGCGUCAUUCAUUCACCAAUGUCAUAUCCUGCUCCUACGCAUCCAACUUCCCUAUCGCAAGGUGUGGCUAUGAUUCAGGGACAGCAACAAUCUCGCUAUCCCCAGCCGAUCGAGACAGAUUGGCCCGCUGCUCAGCGACCCAUUACUGGUACCAUAUCCUCAUCUCCUCGACCAUCGUCCUACGUGCAUCCGCGAAGUAGCGGCGAGCACUUACAUUCGUCAUCGUCGCCCAAUGGAAUUCCUGCUACUGCAGCGCCCCGACGAUGACCCCGUUGGACUCUAGAUUCUGUCAUAAUGGCGACUCACUUCCACUCUUUUGCCUUGCUGUGCAUUGCACCUGCUCUGACAUUCAUUUGCCCCAAGCAUCUUUUGAUUUCUCGCAUUAUCUGUAGUUUACCGUACGGUUUCACUUAUCAGUAUGACAUGGACGAAUACUUCGCAGUAUACUCAUUAUACCCGUGCAUUCGAAUGUACGCAAUUUUGAAUGAAUUUAACCCAACUGAAACGCUAUUUUGUACCA